AUGGCCCGGCCUGCUCGGCGGAACCGAGCCCUCAUCAUCGUCAACGACCGGUUCAGCUCCCGGGAUGAGGAAGAGCCGCUCCAGCGUCGGCUUGGGGCUUUCUGGGAAGGGAAGAAGCUGGCCAGGGCCCUCUCCGACCUCGGAUACCUCGUCGGGCUGCACCGCAACUGCUCGGCCGCCCGCAUCCUUCAGCUCUUCCAAGAAGAGAGCCAGGCGGAGCACGGAGACUGCUUUGUGAGCAUCCUGUCCAGCCACGGGCAGGAGGGAUUGGUCUUCGGUAACCAAGGCCGAGCCGUUCACCUGGCCCAGCUGCUUCACACGUUGGACCCGCGAAACUGCUCCGCCCUGGCCGGAAAACCCAAAAUCCUCUUCAUCCAGGCGUGCCGGGGGGAGGAGAAAGACCCCGGCGUGUGGGUGGAGGUCGACUCUGCCUCCCAGGACGGAGACGGCACCUUCUCCCUGCUCCCGGCCCUGCCCGAAAAUUCCGCCGUGUCGUUCGCGUGUUGUCCCGGUUACGGGGCCUUCCGGGGGGGCGGCAGCUCCUGGCUGCUGGAGACGCUGCUCCGGCUGCUGCAGGGGGAGGAACGCCACCGGGAGCUGAUGCCCUUCCUCACCCUCCUCAACGGGACGGUGGCGCGGGACUUUGAGGCCGGCGGGGCGUUCUCCGGACAGAAGGCCAUGCCGUGCUUUGUCUCCACCCUGCUCCAAGAGGUCUUCCCUUUCUCCGGCCCUCUCCGGCCUGACCCCUGA